GUGCAAUCUGGGCCUUGAAAAAUUGCAGGUAACUUCCUGAUUGAUUUAUUAGCAUUUCAAAUGUGUCAAUGUAAAUAUGGAAUUCUGCAUUUGAAAUUACUAGUAGAGAUCAAUACAUUUUACGGAUCACAGUACGAACAAACAUCGAGAAAGCUCGACUAUUUCUCGUUCUCUGGCCAUUGUAAAGAAGACAAUACUAUAAAUAUGGAACUCCGGAGAACUGUUUUAUUACUUCUACCAAUUGUUCUAUGUUGUGGAUAUGAAAACCUUUCAAAGGAUCUUACAGCUGUACAGAGUACAACGUGGAGCUGUCCAGCUAAGGAUCCAACUUGUACAACUUACUUACCAAGCAAUGCAGUAGACGGAGACAUCAGUACAUGUAUGCGGACUGAGUGGAUUGGUUCUAUGUCUCAGUACAAGACGGUAUGGUGGUAUGUAAACCUCGGGAACAUUAAGAGUGUAUACAACAUCAGGAUACAGUUCAGGACCUACGAGCAGCAGUAUGAAAUGCGACAAAGAGGAAGAAUGGCGGGAUUUUCUUUGUAUGUAUCAAACACGUCUAACAUUGAGAACGGCUAUCUGUGUUACAAGGACGAACCAGAUUUACCUCCCUUGGACUUUAGCACUACCUGUGUCAGUCACGGCCGUUAUGUUAUAUUUUACAACGAAAGACAACCAGGAGUGCAGUAUCCCGCUGGUUACGAAUUGACGUCUGUUACAGAAUUAUGUGAAGUGACUGUUCUGGGCUGCAUGACAACUGGACGCUAUGGACAAAAAUGUGACCUGAUCUGUCCAUCUAACUGUCAGAAACAAAGAUGCCAUAUUGUUGAUGGAACCUGCCUUGGUUGUAUUGCCGGAUGGAUAGGGAAUUUCUGUAACAAAACUUGUCCCAAUGGAUACUACGGUAUGGAAUGUGGGUCUGAGUGUCGGGGACACUGCAGGGACGGAGUAUCGUGUAAUCACACAAGUGGUAAUUGUGACAAUGGAUGUGGAGACGGAUGGCAAGGAGUACAGUGUGAUAAAACGUGUGAAGACGGAAUAUAUGGUCCUAAUUGUAUCUACAAAUGCAGUGGUAACUGCCUGAAUAACGUACCUUGUGAUAAGACAACUGGAAAAUGUCAGAGCUGUAAACCUGGGUAUACAGGAAACCUUUGUAACAAUAGCUGUCCUGAACGAUUUUACGGACAAAAUUGUUCUACGGCUUGCAAUGGGUACUGUCUGAAUGAAGAAUGCUAUCACGAAACUGGUUGGUGUAACGACGGAUGUAAGGAAGGAUACCAGGGACCAUUCUGUAACGAGAGUUGUCAUCAAGGAUUCUAUGGAGGGAACUGUUCUGAAAAAUGUAGUAUUAACUGCAUAAACAAUUCCUGUCACCAUGUCGAGGGUUACUGUAAUGAUGGGUGUAAUGCAGGAUGGAUAGGUUCAAACUGCAGUCAAGUAUGUUCUACCGGACGUUACGGCGUGAAUUGUUCAGCCAGCUGUAGCUCUUAUUGUCUAGCAGACGCAUGUGAUCAUGUAACCGGGGUCUGUGUCUCCGGGUGUGAGGAUGGGUACAAAGGGCAACUAUGUAGAGAACGUUGUGAUUAUAGCUGGUACGGCAAGAACUGCUCUAUGGAAUGUAAUACAAACUGUGUCAACGAAUCCUGUCAUCAUAUCACGGGUAAAUGCCAACACGGAUGUAGACCGGGUUGGAUAGGAUCAAAUUGUAGUCAAGCCUGUGAUAAGGGAUUGUAUGGUCCUAACUGUUCAGAAACCUGCAGUGAGUUUUGCAAAGCUGAUACUGAUUGUAACCACGUUGAUGGAAACUGUAGUAAUGGAUGCAGAAGUGGAUACACUGGGUCUAAAUGCGAUAGAAUUUGCGACGAUAAAUGGUAUGGUGAAAAUUGCUCAAUACGAUGCGGCAAGAAUUGCGAAAACCAGACGUGUGAUCAUAUAUAUGGUGAAUGUACCUAUGGCUGUAUACCUGGCUGGAUGGAAACGAACUGCUCACAAGAAUGUUUGGAAGGAUUUUAUGGUCAAAACUGCUCUAACACAUGUUCCUCCUGUCUUGACAAUAAAUGUGAUGCUGUUGACGGGGUGUGCGACAACGGAUGUGACGAUGGAUACACAGGUCAAAGAUGUGAUGAACCCUGUGAAUCUGGCGUGUUUGGAAGAAACUGCUCUGAAAAAUGCAAUGAGAACUGUAAAGACCAGUCAUGUGAUCACAGAUACGGUAACUGUACACAUGGGUGUGCUGUUGGAUGGAUGGGAUUUAACUGCUCAACAGAAUGUACAAACGGAUGGUAUGGGGAAGAUUGCAUAGAGGCGUGUAGUGGGAACUGUGCUGACAACACAACGUGUAACAGAUUUAACGGGACUUGUUCAAAUGGGUGUGAAACGUCAUUCAACGGAGAGAAGUGCGAUAAAAAUAUCGUUUCGGAUAACAAAUUUGUGGGAUCCAACGCAGACGGUGAUACAACUGACUCUGGUGUUCUGGCUGGGUCGCUUAGUACAGUAUUCACUCUUACACUGAUUAUCCUCACCAUAGUAGUCAUCAUCUUACGACGAAAAAGAGACAUAAAGAGAAAGAAAUCAGAGGAGGGAGAACAUUUUUCAACCAAGCUGAAUUCAAAUGGUGAAGUAUAUAAAUUCCAUCAAGAUUAUGAAGAGAUAGAAAUAAAUGGUCUGGACAACCCAGUUCGGGAAACACCGGCCAUCAGUCCAAAAACCAUAACUGUGAUGGACUUGCAAAAAAAGAUCACCUUCAUGUCUGCAAACGGAAAUGCACUCUUUAAAGAGGAAUAUUCGAAAGUACCCAAAGGUGAACUGCAUCCAUGCAAUGAAGCCAAAAAAUCGGAAAAUACUUCCAAAAAUCGAUACACAACAACAUUUCCAUAUGACCAUUCCCGCGUUGUCCUUAAAACAGCCAGCCCAACGGAAUCCGACUAUAUAAAUGCUAAUUUCAUCCAGAAUGCUCAGGGAAAAAGAACGUAUAUAGCCACACAGGGACCCAAGACGAAAACAAUAACCGACUUCUGGAGGAUGGUUUGGCAGGAGAGGGUGACUAUUAUCGUUUGUCUAACGAAUAUCAAGGAGGGGGCUAAGACAAAAUGCGCCCUCUACUGGCCAUCUGCAAAUGACAAAAUUCAAAAUGGAGAUAUUAACGUGCGCCACCAAGAGGAGAAUAUUUAUGCAAAUCAUACCGUCCGACAAUUUCGGAUCCAGAGCAUUUCCGAGAAAUCUGAGCGUGAUGUUUACAUGUUCCACUACACACAAUGGCCGGACCACGGAGUCCCAAACCCACUGAGUAUCGUGUUGUUCCAUCGUCAGGUGAUGACCAAAUCAGAACAAUGUUCUGGCAAGUACACUCUGGUACAUUGCAGUGCCGGCAUAGGACGAACAGGAACGUAUAUUGCUUUAGACGUCCUCUACAAGAAAUUCGAGAAAACAGGGGAGAUAAAUGUGCAGGAGUAUCUGGAAAUAAUGCGGAAUGACAGAAUGAACAUGAUUCAAGGAAAUGAUCAAUACAGAAUUGUCUACAUGGCAUUACUGGAAUCGUUGAGAGGAAAAUCCAGGGCAAUUAAGGAGGAGAGAUUUCUACAAGAAUACCAGGAACAUUCCUGCUACAUGAAUCUCGGAGAAGUGGCCAACAAAUCGCCAUUAUCGAAAGAAUAUGAGGAAUUGUUGUCACUGAAGAAGAAUUAUACGGAUGAUGAUUACGAACACGGACUCCAGAAUAAGGGAGCAAAUUUAACUCCAAAUGUACUGCCUGUUGAUGCAUACAUGUGUGAAGGAACCUAUUACAAUGCAAUUUAUGUUCAGUCGCUAUCAAGGAACGAUUGUUUCGUAAGUGCACAAUAUCCACUUCCGGAUUAUACAGAGGACUUCCUGAAACUUGUGAAAGGUGUUUAUGCUCCAGUUGUUGUUUCCUUUUAUCCAUUGCGGGAAUUCCCAUCGUCUUCCCUUUGGCUCCCGACAAAAAACGAAGACAAAACUAUUGGAGAGUUUGUCACAAAAUUUUCGGAAUGUGUUAGAAUGACAAACAUCAUCAAAACCAGCAUUGUUCUUCACUCGAAGAAAGGUAGCGACAUUCGUCUAUCGGUACUUGAAUGCACAAAGAGGUUAGGAGAAAAUGACACGAACAGUCGACGAGUCUUGAUUGACUUGAUUAAGGAGGCAAAAAUGGAAGAGAAGACUUAUCCUGACGCCAAAAUACUUCUUCUUUCUAGUGAUGGUGCAAGACGUUGUGGAUCAUUUUGUGUUGUUUACAAUGCACUAGAACAGCUGACCAUGGAUAAGGAAGUGGAUAUUUUCACCUUAACACGACUGAUUCAGAUCCGGAGACCUGAGUUCAUUUCUAAUUUGGAGGAGUAUCAGUUUUGUUACGACGCCGUCGCUGACUUCCUGCAGAACGAUAUGGUAUAUGCUAACGCUUAGUGAAAUCAAUGCUGAGGUGUGUGGACUUUGGAAGUCAAUACGAAACAAGAAACGCUGUGUAAAAGUAUCUUGUGCUGAAACAUUUCGAGUUGAUGUUUUUUUAUUCCAACAAACUACAAAAUAUGUAACUCCGUGUAUUCCGCUUUGUGUGUGUUUUUCUUUUUUAACACUUUACAAGCGUGGACAUAGAUUUAACAAUUUUGAAUACUAUGUAUAUUAUGUUAGUGAAAAAAAAUCAAAGAUGAUGCAAAUUUGUAUUCUGAAUCUUCACGCUAACUGUAAUAACCUUAUUUGUUUCAUGUGAAGAAUCUCUGUCUUAUUAUUUAUAGUUUAUGUUCCUUAUGCAUGGCAUCAAUGUAACAAAAAUUGUCAUACAUUCAUAUUAUAAAUCAUGCCUUACCUUGCAUAACAAUUACUUUGAUAUGUCCCUUUAUAAGAAUGCCUGCCUUGCAACUAUUUUGUAACAGAUAGUUUGUCAUUCCAUAAAAUCAUUGCGCUAAUGUUAGCAAGAAAUUUUGAAAAACAAUAAUACAGUAAUAUAUAAAUCCAAUCUUCAUUACAAACUUUGAUAACUUUGAAAUAAAAUCGAUUUAGCUUCUUUUUUUUUUCAUUUGAACACUUUUACAACAUUUUGUCAGAAAGCUAUAACAAAGUAGCCAUGAAUAACAGGAUCUGCAUCGAACGUCAGGAGAAGCAUGUGCAUGACAUUAACAUUGAAUAAUUUUCAUUCAUUCAUAUUGGAUGAAAGGUGAAGAUAACUAAAAGUGAUCUCAUAACUCCUAUAAGCAAUACAAAAUAGAUAGUUGGGCAAACACGGACCACUGGGCACACGAGAGGUGGGGUCAGAUGCGUAGGAGGAGUAAGCAUCCCCAGUUGACCGACCACACCCGCCGUGAGCCCUAUAUCUUGAUCAGGUAAAAGGAGUUAUUGUGGUCAAAAUCAGUGUGCUACGAACGGUCUAACAAUCGAUAUGAAAAAUGACAGCAUUUGAUCCAAUUAUAGGUUGUAUUGGCAAACUAGAUCGUUUAACGACCAUACAAUUUCUGAAAUGUUGACUUUAAACGAGAAUUGUGAAAUCUUUGUAUCACCAACUUGUUUGUCAGUAGAUUACCUCGAUUUAAAACUGACAAUACAUAGAAAAAGCUCUUGCGUAUCGAAUCAGUUGAGCUUAUAUACACACCGUAUGCAAGUGAUAAUAGAAUGGUCCUACAUAAAUAUGGGACGUUGACAAUAGACAAGCUGAAAUCAUCCCAUUUGUCAUAAAGUUGAGUUGUUAGUCAUGCAUCGUUAUCUGUGUUGAUUAGCGAUAUUCCGACCUCGUAAAAGUUUAGUAAGACCACAGCUGGGCAGUUUAAUAGAUCAUAAUAGUCAUUAACAUGUUUUUCUCACAAUUGUAACGUCUGACCUGGGAUUAUAAAACUUUUAGAGCACGUUUUCAUAUUCAAACUCCGUUCUCUAAAUCGCACUCAUACUCAAAAGUGAAAGUUAGAAUGAAAUGGGGUGGUCUGUCGGAUGAGAUCGCAAAACAGAGGUCCCGUGUCACAGAAGGUGUGGCACGAUUAAGAUUUUGCCCUGCUCAAAGGCCAUAAGCGCCGGGUAUAGGCCUAAAUUUUGCAGCCCUUCACCGGCAAUGAUGACGUCUCCAUAAGAGUGAAAAAUUAUCGAGAGGGACGUUAAUCAAUAAAAAAUACACCAUUAAUCAAUCAAAACAAAAAUGGCUGGGUUUGAGUAUGAGAACAGUAAAAGUUUUAUAACCUCCAGGCCAGAUAAUUCCAGCUCAUAGUCAAUUUCAUUCAAACUACAUGAAUUCAUUUAACGCUACGUUUGACGGUUGUAAAACGUAAUAGUCAAAAUUAAUUAGAAGUAAAAUAACGGUACAUGUGUACCGUACUUUACAAUUUCAUAUAUAUAUAUAUAUAUAUAUAUAUAUAUAUA